CCCAUCACCUUCUGACUGGAGUCAACCAAUACAACCUUGAACCUCCCAUGGAGUCUCGGUGGUUAUGGUAUAGGCAGGAUCACCGAUGGGCAUAAGCUAUUUCACCUACAAGUACAAUUAAUAGGCCAACAAGCAGCCUAUACUUCUAAGUGAGCUUAGUUCAUUGUAAAGCACAACUGCUGCGGAUCAAAGUUAAUUUUUGUGUACGGAAUUGAAGGAGAGAUACACCAGAUUGAAACCAUCACUUUAUGUGGUCGUUUUAUGAUAGAAAAAAGGGGAUGAUUACACUCUCUACUGAGAGCUACAUUAAUUGGCUCACUAAAUACAUGCACAAAUUGUAUUUGUACAUGUUGACAUGCCGGUCACUUAAUACAACACGUGGACUGCAUUUGAAAACAUUAAAAGCAGGUCAGAGAGUUGCCGUUGCAUUGCAGUUGAACUGUAUUCUGACUUUGUAGUCAUUCAACUGUAAUUUAGGCAAUGUAGUAACCAUGAGUACAAUGGAGAAUCCUUCAAGGAUUAUCUUCCGAAUUGUAUCACUUAUACCCUUAAAUGUUAUUGUGAUUAAUAGCCUUUGUUCUGUGCCCGCUUUAUAAGUUUAUCCUUUUCCCAUCUAGGUAGUGGCAACAAUGUUACGUCAUUGUUUAUUGGCUAUGAAUGGUAUUGUAUCGUCUUGAAAUUAAGAUAUCCACUCUUCCCGAUAGGACUUCCCAGUUUUCUGUAAUCAGGCCUAAUAAAGAUGAGAAGAUAUGAACUAAAAUGGUCAAUAGGAAGUUUCAAGCUUCAGAGAGAAACAAAAACAAGUUACGUCAUUACCUUCCCAUGACCCUACUUUAAUGUAAUUACUCUCAUUUAGACUUUUCAGAAUAUUGUUUUGAUUAUUGUGUUCCCCCUUAUUAUGUGAUAAUAGGCCUACAUAUUACAUGCAUAUUGCCCAGCCCUAAAUCCAUCCACCGAAUAUUAAUAAAUCCUGGGGCCCCAUUGCAGCUGCUGAUAUUUCAAGCACCAUGUGCAAAUGUCCUAGCCAUGUCAAAUGCCAUCAGUCAAGAGGGUCUAUAUUCUGCACCAUUUACACCCUCGGGUGCUGAAAUGGCAACCUAAAAUUCAUUUAUAUUUCAACUAUGUUCUAUUUCUACUCGACUUCUGACAAUAGUUCUCGAUGUGCGCUCACACGCUUGAGUUACAAAUGUUGCAAAACGUCGCCCUCUGUUGGCUACCCAGCGUCAUUGCAGGUCCAAUCUUAUAUUUCUCCACGAACGGUAGCUACCGGUAUUUGGAAACAAAAUGCAGCAACAACAAUAUACGUGGAUUAACAGCUAUCAUACAAUGUUAAAGUGAUAUACUGUCUUUGCAUUGUUCAUGCAGACAAUGAAAACCAAAUGUAAAGUUUCUAUAAAUACUUACAUGCGUUUAUUUUAAAAGAUAACGAAGCCUUGAUACCCACGAGUUUUUUAUGACCUAUUCGUUAACCGAGACCCGCCUAUCGGUCACUCGUGUCCUGGGGCAAGGGGCCGCCGUUAAUGAGCCACCGCGACCGCAGUCGGUCGCACUGUGAGCAACGGUACGUCAGAGGGAGCGGUGGGACGUCUCCAGACUAUAGCCUGCUGCUACCACUAGCGGCAGUGGUUCUUUACUAUCUAGUGACAAAGUAUAAUCGAAUGGAUAAAAAUAAACGAGUGGGUCGCCAAUAAAUGCAAAGUGUACCCUGAUCGGCGACGGCAUCGGCAUCAUCAACCUCCACCCGUUCCUAGACGAUGGAGGCACCCCACGAGCACUGCGCGUCCUGCGUGAACCUGCGGUGCACGACGAAACCCGUAGCGGGCGCUUCCUGUGACCUCACGGCCUGUCCGCUGGCCUGCGGUGCUACGUUCCACUCCUGUAAGAGCGCCGAGCAUCGCCUGCUCUGCCCGCUGGAGAGGGUUCCCUGCCUGAACAGCGGCUUCGGCUGCCCCAUCACCCUGGUGCGCCAGAGGAUGGCCUCCCACCUGGAGGUCUGUCCAGCGGGCCUGGUGUGCUGCACCAUGGAGUGGAACAGGUGGCCGGUCAGUAGUCUGGACUACACCUCUCAGCUGAGCCGCUGCAGCAGCAGUGGGGGUGGCGUGGAGGAGCCGGAGCAGCUGGACAUGGCGCUCGCCCUGCAGGACCAGCGCAUGCUGCUCGAGUCCCUGAAGGUGGUUGCCAUGGCGCCCACGAGGUGGGAGCCGGCUGUUGCCAGGACUAAAGUGCGCGGGGCCGUGCGUAUGGAUCUGCCAGAAUCAGCCCCUGAGGCGUCGGCCUCGUCCUCCUGCGAAAGUGUGCAUCGGCCCUCGCCGGGCUUGGCUCCGCCUCUUCCGCCCGGCUCCGCCAAGGAGAGGAUAGCCAAUGGGAUCGACGGUUUGACCGAUGAGCACUAUGGUCGGCUCUACGAGGCCACGCUAGAGACCGCCAGGAGCCUGGCGGCCGCUCUAGACGUGUUCCGCGCCGCCAACGCCCUCGAGUGCGGAGGAGGGGCGGGGGGCCAGAGAGGGGAGAGCGACGCCAGGGGAGGAAAGCUAACCAACGGGCUCGACGUGGCCGAAGAGGCCAGCGCCGUCGACGGCGAGCAAGAGCGCUGCCGUUGUCACGGCUGUCUGACCACCAGCGCUUGUCAUCUUGGAACGCAGUUGCCAGGUGAGCCGUCGCCGGGGACGACAGGCUCCACAGCACGCCGCGGCCAGGACCAGGCGGACCCAAACACGGUCCCCCCUCCCCUGCAGGGGAAUCCUAAGGAGCCGUGCGUAGCGCCGUACGACCGGCCCCACGUGGUCCCGGGCAUUGCACAGAGGGCUGGUCACGUGAUCCUGGAGGACAGGGGGCUGGCUGUCUUGGACGCCAGGGGAACUGAACACCGCCCCAACAAACCCCCGGGGUUUCGACAUGUCGUAGGGCCGCUCGCAUCGGCCGCCGGCCGGAGGGGCCCCCUCCCUGACCGAUCCCAUCCCACCUCGCCCCCCUCGUCGGAGGACCGUUCGGUGGACACGUCAGACCUCGAGCAGGGGGCGGUCGAAUCGACGGGCCUGGGGGAGAUGGACCCAGUGGCGGCCGCCCUCCUCUUCUGCCUGGAGGAGUCCAGGGAGUGCCGGCGGAUAUCGGACAAGGUGCGUGUGGACGGACGCCGCGUGGACGUCGGCACGCAGACCUUCACCUUCCCGGCGGCCAUUUUGGUCACCAACACCAGAGUGGGCGAAAUGGCCUCGGCCUCCGCGUGCGACCAUGCCGCACACCAGCUGUCGUGCCCCAGCCCCCUGCGCACACUCCGCCUGGGCCUGGCCCUGGAGAGCCUGGAGGUGGAGGUCCCCCACGGGCGCUUCCUCCCGUUCCAGCCCCCCUACCAGCACACCUUCUCCUUCCUGUGCGGCCAGGCCUUCCGCAGGGACCAGUUCUCCUGGCACUCGGCCAACGUCCACGCAGACAUCCACGCCGGCCUCAGCGGCUGGAUGGAGCACCGCUGCCCCCUGGCGUACUACGGGUGCACCUUCUCCCAGCGCAGGCUGGGCCCCGCCGGCCAGGAGGGCCGGGGGGCAGCCAGGGUGGUCCACGACGGGCGGCUGCAGUCCUUCGGCGUGCGGCCAUGCCCCGGCACUCCCCUUCUCCACGCUGGCCCGCGGUCGGACCAGCUCACAGGACUUCCCAUGGAGAUCCUGUGGCACAUCGCCGGAUUCCUGGACAGCUUCAGUCUGUGCCAGCUGUCUGUGGUGUCCCGUGGCAUGAGGGACAUGUGUUCCAGUCUGCUCCAGACCAGGGGCGUGGUGGACCUGCAGUGGGAGAGGAGGCUGGGCCCCCAAGGCAACGUCUGCUGGCACGUUAAAAACAAAGUGUGGAGAUUCAGCACGGCCUUCAGCGCCGUCACCAAGUGGCGCUUCAGCGACCUGCCCAGCAUGUCGGACCACCUCAGGGAAUGCCGCUUCAACACGCCGGAGCCCCAGACCGAGCCCGUGCCUCUACCGGCCAUGUGCACGGCGCGCGACCGGCAAUCCCUCCGGCGCCUGCUUCGCCCCGUGACCCAAUGCCACAACGUCACGUGUCCGUCGCCACACGCUUUAUGAACACAACGUGGCUUUAAUACUUCACCAUCUAGUUUUUUUUUUUUUUUUUUUGCACAACAUGAAUCACAGAAUGUGUCUUAUUCAGGAGCUGCAGGAGACGACUGCCUUAAUAAAUUGAAGUAAACGGUGAUCGUAACCUGAUCACACACUGGCAAACGGGAAACAUGCAUUAGGGAACGUUCGGCCAGAUCACCCAUGACGACUGGAUCAUAGUUACCCAGAUGAAUCUCGGGUGUGUUUUCUACAACUACCUGGUAGCUAGGCUGAGAUGAGAACACUGAAGCUAUGCUCGCAGUAAAAACCUCCCGUCACUCCCUCCCUCUUCCAAAAAAAUCAAAUGGUUAUAUUAAUGUGCUUCACCUGGAAACACACCAGAAAAACGGAUGCCGGAUUUAAUUCAAUGUUUUAUUAAAAGGUACAUUUCUGAGUUA